CCUGCAGAUCAAAUGGGUAAAAUUAUUAUGCUCGUUUGCAGCUGAGAAAACCAGUAUUUAGAGAAGUCAAUUUGCUCAAGUCUCCAUCACUAGUAAGGAGAGUCCGGAUUCUGAUUGAGGACUUGACUCUGACCCAGAAAUCUGACUUGAUUGGGAACCCAGGCUCUUCAGGCUUUGGUUUCAAAGACUCUCCCCCUGAUCAUUUUCCUUUUGCAUUAUUUGCCUUUUCCUAAUAUUUUGCAAGAGCCCUUUGUAAUUUGGUGGUAGGGCUCAGAGUAGGGGAGGAUCUAUCUGGGCCAAGGGGCAGAAGUGACUUCAAAGAAGCACCCUGCCUGGCCUUCAACUACCGCUAAGGUGGUGUGUCAGCCUAGGCGGUGCAGUCAGCCAUGAUGGCAGCAGACCAAGCUGUGUUCUGUGUUACAGAACACGGGUCUGCAAAGACAAGUGGACUUCAACCCCUUUAGAGAGAAAGCAAGAGUGACUCACAGGAGGAGGAUGGAACCAGAGCUUUCAGGCUGUCCAAAGUCAUCAGAGGGAAAGAAGAAAACAUGAGCUGGCCAAGAGCUUCCUGAAGACCAUGCAAAUGAGGCCCGCCCACAGCUGCCUGGAAACCACGCGCCAGGAGCAGGCAGAGCCCAGAAAGCACGCUGCAGGACCGCUCAGCCGAGGAGGAGGAGGUGGAGGAGGCGCUGAGAAACAGGACGUCUCCUGUCAGACCCCCCCAGUGUCUGGCCUGAGGAUGGCAGAACAGCAGGGCCGGGAGCCUGAGUGCCCUGUCUGCUGGAACCCCUUCAACAACACAUUCCACACCCCCAAAGUGCUGGACUGCUGCCACUCCUUCUGCGUGGAAUGCCUGGCGCACAUCAGCCUGGCGACUCCGACGCGCCGCCUGCUGUGCCCGCUGUGCCGCCACCCCACCGUGCUGGCCUCCGGACAGCCUGUCACUGACUUGCCCACGGAUACUGCUGUGCUCACCCUGCUCCGCCUGGAGCCCCACCACGUCAUCCUGGAAGGCCACCAGCUCUGCCUCAAGAACCAGCCCAAGAGCCGCUACUUCCUGCGCCAGCCCCGGGUCUACACGCUGGACCUGGGCCCUGAGCCUGGGAGUCAGGCGGGGCACCCCCAGGACGUGGGCCCUGGCACCAGGCCAGUCCCCAUCCCCAGCCGUUACUCUCUGCGGGAGUGUUUCCGCAACCCGCACUUCCGGAUCUUUGCCUACACGAUGGCGGUCAUCCUCUGCGGCACCGUGUUGUUCAUCUUCUCCAUCUUUUGCACCAGACGAUUUUUCUUGGGGGUGGGGUGAGCGUCUGUUCCAGACACCUUUCCUGGCAGCUGCUGGGUAUGGGGACUGCGGAGCACCACUUGGGGUUGGUCUUCCCUCAUAGUAUUGUUCAUUUUUACAAUCCAGGGGUCCGCUAGGCUGUGCAUCUGCUUCUAGCAAGAGUCCUACUAUAAUGAGAACCUCUGAAAGCUAACGGACUGGGGAAGAUGUGAAGAGACCUCUGGGUGUGAACCGUGGGUCAUGGAAGGGCAGAGAACAGACCUGUGAUUACAGAGCCAGAAGCAAGUUGUGCCAAAAGGCUGGAUGAGGGUACCCAGGAGCCUGUCCAGCCCAAAUAGCAGGCUGCACUUCUUACUGGAGCUGCUUUGAACUCAGUUCACAUUUGUUUGUUUGUUUGUUUUUUGAGUUGCUCUUUUUACUAUUUGUUGCUAAAAAAAUCUGGGAGUGAACUUCA